UCUUCACUUUCUCAAAUCACAUCCUUGUUAGAUACAAAGAUUUCCACUGAUGAUAAGAAGCACUGCUAUGUCUUCUUCUCUAGUCUUCAAGCUUUUCUUCGUCAGCUUUUUCUUCAGUACUAUACUCACUUCGAGCUUCGAAUCGGACGAUGACGGAAAAAAAAUUUAUAUUGUGUACAUGGGGAGGAAGCUAGAGGACCCUGAUUCCGCUCAUUUACAUCAUAGGGCAAUGUUGGAACAAGUUGUUGGCAGCAACUUUGCUCCAGAAUCUGUGCUCUACAGUUACAAGAGAAGUUUCAAUGGAUUCGUAGUGAAGCUCACUGAAGAAGAAGCUGAAAAGAUUGCCAGUAUGGAGGGUGUGGUAUCUGUGUUUUUAAAUGAAAUGAACGUACUCCAUACAACAAGAUCAUGGGAUUUUCUGAAUUUUCCACAAAACAUUCAACGUGUAAAUCAAGUGGAAAGCAACAUAGUCGUUGGAGUUUUGGACAGCGGAAUCUGGCCUGAGUCUCCUAGUUUCAAUGAUAAAGGAUUUGAUUCUCCACCAUCCAAAUGGAAGGGCAGUUGUCAAGCCUUCAACUUUACCUGCAACAGAAAAAUUAUUGGAGGUCGAGCAUAUCACAUUGGCGGUCCCCUUCGCCCUGGUGAUGUGAAUAGUCCAAGAGACACAGACGGCCAUGGGACGCACACUGCGUCGACAGCGGCUGGCGGUCUAGUUAGCCAGGCAAAUUUGUAUCGUCUUGGACUCGGCACAGCAAGAGGAGGUGUUCCCCUAGCGCGCAUCGCUGUAUACAAAAUAUGUUGGAAGGAUGGUUGCUCUGAUGCCGACAUUCUUGCAGCGUAUGACGAUGCCAUUGCCGAUGGGGUCGAUAUUAUAUCGCUUUCAGUGGGUGCGAACAAACCGCGACAGUAUUUCAGUGAUCCCAUUGCCAUUGGAUCUUUCCACGCAAUAGAAAAGGGAAUACUAACAUCCAAUUCUGCUGGAAAUGAAGGUCCCAACUUCUUCACCACCACAAGCUUGUCUCCAUGGCUACUGUCUGUUGCUGCAAGCACCAUAGAUAGAAAGUUUGUCACACAAGUGCAAAUUGGUAACGGACAAAGCUUUCAGGGAGUUUCAAUUAACACAUUUGAAAUGAAUGGUCAAUAUCCCCUUGUUCUUGGGCGUGAUAUACCCAAUAUAGGUUUCGAUAGCUCCACCUCGAGAUACUGCUUUAACAAAUCAGUGAAUCCCUAUUUGUUGAGGGGGAAGAUCGUUCUUUGUGAAGCUAGUUUUGGUCCUGCUGAAUUCUUCAAGUCCUUGGAUGGCGCAGCGGGUGUCCUCAUGCUAGCAAGUACGAGAGAUCAUGCAUCGUCCUAUCCCUUCCCUUCUUCCACUCUUGACCCAAAUGAUGCCACUGACAUUUUUCGUUAUAUUUAUUCAACUAGCUUUCCUACUGCAACCAUUUUCAAGAGUACCGCAAUCCUCAAUACAUCUGCUCCUGUAGUAGUUUCUUUCUCAUCAAGGGGACCUAAUGCUGCAACCAAAGACCUUAUAAAGCCUGAUUUGAGUGCUCCUGGAGUUGAAAUUCUAGCAGCAUGGCCUCCAGUUGCCCCUGUUGGUGGAAUUCUUAGAGAUACACUUUAUAAUAUAAUCUCAGGGACCUCAAUGUCUUGCCCACAUGUCACUGGAAUUGCAGCGUAUGUUAAAACAUUCAAUCCUACAUGGUCUCCUGCUGCAAUCAAGUCAGCACUCAUGACGACUGCUUCACCCAUGAAUGCUAGGUUCCAUCCACAAGGAGAGUUUGCAUACGGCUCAGGCCAUGUGAACCCACUAAAAGCAGUAAGACCUGGGUUGGUUUAUGAUGCAAAUGAAAGCGACUACGUGAAAUUCUUAUGUGGUCAAGGUUACAGCACCAGCAUGGUUCGACGUAUCACCGGAGACUACAGUGCUUGUACUUCUGGAAAUAUUGGUAGAGUAUGGGAUUUAAACUAUCCUUCUUUUGGACUUUCCGUAUCUGGUUCUCAGACCUUCAGUCAAUACUUCACAAGAACUCUCACGAGUGUUGCAUCUCAAGCAUCGACAUAUAGAGCUAUGAUUUCUGCCCCACAAGGCCUUGCUAUCACAGUGAAUCCUAAUGUUCUUUCAUUUAAUGGCAUCGGAGAUAAGAAAUCUUUCACAUUGACAAUUCGAGGAUCAGUAAACCAGUAUGUAGUCUCUGCUUCUUUGGUGUGGACGGAUGGUGUACAUACUGUGAGAAGCCCUAUAACAGUCACGACUCUUAGUUGAGAUUAGACUCUGAAAUAAAAGAGGGGCUAAAAUAAAAAAAAACAAAAAUGGAAGUGUGGGAGAGAAGUAAUUCCUUUUGCUUCCUUCACUCUUUCAUUUUUGUUUGUCCGUUGUCAUCUAGUUAAGGUGGUGGCGGCUUUUGAAAUAAGUUUGUGUGUACUAUCACUAAUAUUAGUAAAUAAAUAAAAUAUUCCCUUUG